UCCCUUCUGUCUUCUUCUCCACCGCCACCGCUCCUUCUCCAGACUCCACCCUCCGGCUGCGCCCGCCAGCGCCACCCGGCCGGAAUCCCCAACUCGACCACGCCCUGAUCCAACUUCGAGAUGUGGCGCAGCUUCGUCUCGCGCGGCCUGUCCAAGGGCAAGGCCUCCGCCUCCAGGCUCUUCUCCACGACGACCUCGUCGUCCUACACGCUGGUGGACCACUCGUACGACGCGGUGGUGGUGGGCGCCGGCGGCGCGGGGCUCCGGGCGGCCAUCGGGCUCUCCGAGCACGGCUUCAACACCGCCUGCAUCACCAAGCUCUUCCCCACGCGCUCGCACACCGUCGCGGCGCAGGGAGGCAUAAAUGCUGCUCUUGGAAACAUGAGCGAAGAUGACUGGAGGUGGCAUAUGUAUGAUACUGUCAAGGGAAGCGAUUGGCUUGGUGAUCAAGAUUCUAUUCAGUAUAUGUGCAGAGAAGCACCCAAAGCUGUCAUAGAACUUGAAAACUAUGGACUGCCAUUUUCGAGAACUGAAGAUGGGAAGAUAUACCAACGUGCCUUUGGAGGCCAGAGCUUAGAUUUUGGGAAAGGUGGACAGGCCUACAGAUGUGCAUGUGCUGCAGACAGAACAGGACAUGCUAUGCUACACACACUAUAUGGUCAAGCUAUGAAGCAUAACACCCAGUUUUUUGUAGAAUAUUUUGCACUAGACCUUCUGAUGGACAACGAAGGCAACUGCCAGGGAGUCAUUGCCUUAAACAUGGAAGAUGGCACCCUUCACCGCUUUCGUGCUACAAAUACAAUUCUAGCUACAGGAGGUUAUGGUAGGGCCUACUUCUCAGCAACCUCAGCUCACACAUGUACUGGAGAUGGCAAUGCUAUGGUUGCACGUGCUGGUUUACCUCUUCAAGAUCUUGAGUUCGUCCAGUUCCAUCCUACAGGCAUUUAUGGUGCUGGAUGCCUCAUUACUGAAGGAUCCCGUGGCGAGGGUGGUAUCCUUAGGAACAGUGAAGGUGAGCGUUUCAUGGAACGAUAUGCUCCUACUGCAAAGGAUCUUGCUUCUCGUGAUGUUGUUUCAAGAUCAAUGACAAUGGAAAUUAGAGAAGGACGUGGUGUUGGGCCACUGAAGGAUCACAUCUAUUUGCAUCUUAACCAUCUGCCUCCUGAAGUUCUCAAGGAAAGGCUUCCUGGUAUAUCUGAAACUGCUGCUAUUUUCGCCGGUGUUGACGUCACCAAGGAGCCCAUUCCAGUUUUGCCUACUGUGCACUACAACAUGGGUGGGAUCCCUACAAAUUACCAUGGGGAGGUUGUGGAUAUCAAGGGUGAUAAUCCAGAUACUGUAAUUCAUGGUUUAAUGGCUGCUGGAGAAGCAGCGUGUGCGUCUGUCCAUGGUGCAAAUCGUCUGGGUGCAAAUUCACUUCUUGAUAUAGUUGUGUUUGGCAGAGCUUGUGCAAACAGGGUAGCUGAGAUUUCUAGACCAGGUGACAAGCAGAAACCUCUCGAAAAAGGUGCAGGAGAAAAGACUAUAGCAUGGUUGGACAAGCUGAGAAAUGCAAAUGGGUCAUUGCCAACUUCCAAGAUCCGUCUCAACACACAACGUAUUAUGCAAAAUAAUGCUGCUGUGUUCCGUACACAAGAAACGCUUGAAGAAGGUUGUCAACUGAUUAGCAAAGCAUGGGAAAGUUUUCAUGAUGUGAAGAUCAGUGAUCGAAGUCUCAUAUGGAAUUCCGACUUAAUAGAGACCAUAGAGCUGGAAAAUCUGUUGAUAAAUGCAUGCAUAACUAUGUAUUCAGCAGAGGCUCGCAAAGAAAGCAGAGGAGCUCACGCUCGUGAAGAUUUCACGACAAGAGACGAUGAGCGUUGGAUGAAGCACUCAAUGGGGUACUGGGAGAACGAGAAGGUACGAUUGGCAUACAGGCCGGUCCAUAUGAACACGUUGGAUGACGAAAUCGAGUCGUUCCCACCAAAAGCACGAGUCUAUUGAUUGAUUUGGGCCACAUAGCUCAGUAAUCAGAGUAAAGGUUGUUAAUAAAGCAAUUCGGGAGAUUGGUCUGAAUUUCACCGUCCUCUUUUCUUUUAAUGUGUAUUCUGUGUAACUCGUGAGAAAAUAAAGAAAACAAAUGCUAAUGCCUAACCUGGUCCCUUUGAUCUGGUGACCUGAUGUAAAUGAAAUUUUAUAUGAGUUGUGAUAAUGAUGUGCUUGGUCUUAAAA